AAGGGUAGAUAACCGUACAGAGUCUCCGAUGCAAACUGUGACAACAAAAAAGCCGAGUGCUACCAGUAGGUCUGAACAUCGUGUAGUUCUCUCAUCUCUUCCUCUAUUCCCGUCGCUGCACAUUUCCAAUGGGACCCUCGGACAGUCUGUAGCCUGAUCAGAAACUUAACCACGCUGAUUCCAUGUGCCAUUUGAUGCAGUUUGACCAAGAACCAUUUCCUUCAAUCCGUUUGUGGAAUGCCAGAAUUGCAUGUAGACGUCUUUCAUUACCGCUGCCAUUUCUCAUUCAAUUUCGGCGUCGCUGAGCUGGCACCUUCCCAAUGAGCCAAAGGUCAUCUAGCUGUGCAGCUCAUAAAAUAUCAUCAUCAUCAUCAUCAGGCGGAGGAGAUGUAGCCAAUAUUCGGGCCACGCCUUCCAUACCAAUGUCUCCCACAUCUGGCCGAGAACGGAUGAGCUCUGCUAGUAGCACACCCUUAUCUUUUACACAGAUGGCAGAAUAUGAAUGGUUGGAGCGAGAAGAACUGCACAUGAGGGAGCUGGAAGAGGCACGCUCUCGCACGGCGCAGAUGGAGAAAACCAUGCGCUGGUGGUCAGACUGCACGGCCAACUGGCGCGAGAAGUGGAGCAAAGUGCGCAAUGAACGUAAUAAGGCUCUGGAGGAGAAUCGGACUUUACGUAAUAAAAUGGACAGCUUCGUCAAGGAAUCAGCGGAUUUGAAACGAGACAAGCAAGAACUCCUGAGUGAAAUUGAGGAACUGAAGAAACGGGUUGAGUACUGCAAAGGUGCCGGGUCGAGUGACAUCGACCCUGGAAUCCAUGGUGUAGGUAGCAGCGUGGAGGGUGGCGGGUGUGAAGAGGGUGCAAAAAACACAAACACUACUAAUAACAAUAAUAAUAAUAAUAACAAUGAUUCUGAGACUUCACGUUACGAUGUGAAGAAUCGAGAAGAAUUAGCAGCUGCUACUGUCACCUGUAAGGUAAGUGAGACACCUGUAGAGAAUCUGAUUGAGAAAAAUGAACUCCAUGUUGAAUCUUCCAAAGCUAGUCCUUCCAAAUGUCGACAAGAAGAGGCUUCAGAAUCACACAUCAGCAGAAUUGAAGACAGGCUGUCGUUAGUAACCAAGAAAUUGGAUGAAUCUCAGAAAACUCUUCACCUUCAAUGCGAAGAAAAUAUCAGACUUACAAAAACAAUUGAGAAACUUGAAGAAGAAAUCUCGUCUCUAAAAAUAAAAUAUGAUGAACUGAAACUGUCCAAAGCAAGUGUGAUUAACGAGAUGGAACGUUUGCAAGCAGAACACAAAGAAGAACUUUCUAGAAUAUAUUUAGAACUAGAAGAUGAGCAAGAAAAUCAUUUGGCUGUUGACAAACGAAUGGCUGAUUUGAGGAAAGAGCUGGAGGCUCUUCAAGCAGAGAAUGCCUCUGAAUGGGCCAAGCGGGAACGUUUAGAGACGGAAAAACUGUCUCUGGAACGAGAAAGCAAGAAGUUACGAACAAAAAUCGAUGAUUUACAUGAACAAUUAGAACAGAAAAACCAGCAAGCAGCUACGUUGAUUGAUUCUGAUAUGAGAACUAUGCAGUUUGAACUCUCUGAAAAGAAUAAGGAAGUCAUUGAAUUACGCCACGUCCAUGCAAAAUUGAAGAAGAUCAACGUUGAGAAACACACUGAACUCGAUCACACUCGACGUCGUGCAGAGCAAUACGAGAUGGAGGUUAAGAAGCUUCGUUCCCGCAUAGAAGAACUAAAGCAAGACUUGGCCUCUGCCGAAGACGAGGCUGAUCUUCAAGCAAACAAUGUCCGUAAGUUACAACGUACAAAUGAGGAGUACGAAGAGCAAGUUGGCAACUUACAAGUCCAAAUAGAACAUUUACAAAGCAGGUUGCGUCGAGGAAAUCCACAAACUUGUUUGAAGUCUCGCUCUUCCCAGAGUCUAAAAUCGUUCACAACUGACGAAGCGACCACACUUCCCGACAGUGAUGAGAAUGCGAUGGAGGACGACAUCUCUUAACUCCAACCCUGUGUUUAUCAAUCGGCAACCCUACCUCGCCCUUC